AUGUCCGGUCAUCACAGUGACUCCGAUGCGGAAGAGGACGACAUCUUCGCACAGCUUGAAGCGGAAAUUGAGAGAGAUGAUACCGAUGCUGCAUUUCGAGAGGAAGGAAUCCAAGCGCUCCGGAGAGAGAUGGAGCAAGUCAAAGCUAUGAAAGAAGGUGGGCACGGACGUUACGACGAGAUCAUGAACGAGAAGGAAGUUAUACGGACGAGUGCAAAUGAGGCUCAAUGUGUGAUACACUUCUAUCAUCAUAAUUUCAAGCGGUGUCAAAUCAUGGAUCAACACCUCGCGGCAUUAGCCCCGAAGUACUUCGGGACGAGAUUCCUGCGUGUGUUCGUUGAGAAUGUGCCCUGGCUGGUCGAGAAGUUGCAAAUUAAGGUUCUUCCAUGUGUGAUUACUUUCGUGGACGGCGUUACCAGAGACAAAUUGAUUGGAUUUGAGGAGCUCGGAAAUGAAGACUCCUUCAAGACAGCGGUACUGGAACUGAGGCUAUCUCAAAGCGGCGUUCUUCAGAAAGCAAGCGAGGCGUCCUCAUCCAACCCCACGUACACCGCCCGGGGAGGGUCCUUCACUGUGGCGGACAAGCGAUCACACAAGUUACGUUCCAGUGCAAAAGAUGAUGACUCCGACUUGGAUCUGGAUGAUUAAAGAUUGGUGUCUUCUCGGCUUUUUCUGUGUUUAUCGCUCUGGCCU